UAGACAAAAUGAAAACAAAUCUGACAGAGAAAUUACAAAAGGAUUAUGGCUCCAACAAGGAUGUUACCGAGUCUAUUGACUUUGCACAAGUAAAGUUCAGGUGUUGUGGAAUUAAUGGGGCAGACGAUUAUGUGAACAGCAACUGGAAGAAAGACAAUAUUUCCAAAGAGAACAAUGUCAGCAAGACCUGCUGCCUGUUAGUUAAUGACAACAGUCCUGAAGCCUACAAACAACCACAGCCUGUCAACGACACCCUUUGUCAGUCCGAAGAUUCUUCUACGGUUAACGUUUACCGUCACCAGUCGGGCUGUCUGAUAAAAUUAGAAGACUUCGUCCGUCGAGAAAGCACGGUGCUCAUUGGAAUUGGCUGUGGAAUAGCUGGACUUGAAAUUUUUGGAAUGAUUUUUUCUAUAUGUCUCUGUAAAGACAUAUAAUAAACCUGAAAUUACUACUGCCCUGAAUUGCUCUAUCUUCUCUAAACAAGAUAUCAUAAGAGUAUAGACGCAGAGUAAUCUCCUGACUUCUUAUUCCACUGACAAGAAUCAAGAUCGGGAAAUACGUAUACUUCUAUGUAAGAUUCGAGGUCAACGACCCUACAUAUUGUGAACUCAAAUACCUAAAUCGUGAGUAAAUGUUCAGUGGUACUUUGUUGAUUGUUUAAUCUCUGCUUCUUUGGAAGAAUAAGAAAUGUCUCUUGGACCUGUAACAUAGCCUCGUUUUGUAGCUUUACCUUUAGUGUUGUAAACGAGUUCCCAGACUUCUAACAGCCGAGCCGAUGUAAGCACCCUCACACGUUGGGCAGCAGAAUUCACAAAUAACACGUGACUUUUAACUCUCUAAUCAAAGACAGCUCAAGCAUAGUUCAUUAUGAACUUGGCGUCCCAAUCCCUCAUCAUUUCAAAUAAAUCUGUAAAGCCGGUAUUCAACAAUCAACAAAUGUUACUGAACUUCUACUCACAAUUUAGAUAUUCAAAUUUGAUUUAUACUUUCACGCUAUAUUGUGUAAUUAUUGUUAGAUAUUAGCGUAUUAUUGACACAUAAAUAAAUAAGUUAUUUUUUAUAUUUACAUUUUCAUAUAAACACAUAAUUUAACUCAG